AUGGACAGAAUCAUGCGAGUGUUGCAGCCGUCGAGACCUUUUCGUCGACGCGACGGCACAGCAGAAAUGGAAGCAGCCGCUCCCGACGCUCUGCGAUCGUCAGACAACGCGUCACGUUUGACAGAAACGUCGCCCGCGAGACUUCCAAAUCAUGCGACGGCGCACGAGAAGCCGCAACAGCGAAUCGCUCACGUGGACGAUCCCGACCGUACGAUCCGAGAGGCCGAGCUAGAAGCAUCGGACGGCGGAGAGGGCCUGCUAGCGAGAUGGAGGAUCCAUAGAAGCCGAUUGGCUAAUAACCGCAUCCGGACGAGUAAAUACACGCUGCUAACCUUCCUCCCUCGCAACCUAUUUGAGCAGUUUCAUCGCGUCGCGUACAUUUACUUCCUCGUGCUAAUCUUAAUCAACCAGAUCCCGCAGCUCGCGAUCUUCGGCCGUUAUAUCUCCGUCAUUCCGCUGCUCUCCGUGCUGACGGUAACGGCGAUUAAAGACGCCUUCGAGGACUGGCGACGCCACCGCGUCGACGCGCAGGAGAAUGGGCGCGAGUGCUUCGUGUACCGCGGGGGCCAGUGGUGCUCUGCCACGUGGCAGAGCAUUCGCGUGGGAGAGUUGGUGCAUGUACGGGGGGACACGACGGUUCCGUGCGACAUCGUGCUUCUGGCGUCUAGCGACCCGUCGGGUCGCGCGUUUGUGGAGACAAUGAAUCUGGACGGCGAGACGAACCUCAAAACCAGGUACAGUGUUUCUGCUGCUUUAAAAAGCACUGAGUCGGCCGCUGGUGUAGCAGGGGGCAGGGAUAGCAUAGCGUGGGUGGAGGGCGUUGCAGUGUACACUGGCGGCGACUGCAAGGUGGUACUUAACUCUGUGGGCGCACAGUCCAAGCGCAGCCGCAUAGAGUCACACCUAGACCGAGAUAUGCUCCUCCUCGCGCUUCUCCUCACUCUGCUCUGCCUGAUCUGUGCUAUCGGCAUGGGCGUGUGGCUUGGCAGUCAUGACCUACCAGCUCUGCCGUACUACGGCGUGAGUUAUGAUUACCUGGGCGUGGGAGGGGAGGCGGCGCUGAACUUCUUCGCAACGCUGAUUCUGCUGCAGGUGCUGGUGCCGAUAUCGCUGUAUAUUUCCAUGGAGCUGGUGAGGAUUGUUCAGGCUGUGCUCAUGACGUGCGACCGGCACAUGUGUGACGAGGAGGGGGAGAGGGAAGCGGAGGCGAGGGCGGGGUGGAGGAGACACUGGGUGGGGAGUGGGAGGGGAAUGAGGAUUGGCCGAUGGGGGAGGAAAAGGAAACGCGUGGGAGAGGUGAAGGGAGGCGAGGAGGCGGCGGAGGGGCAGGGGGAGGAGGUUGGGAAUGGGGCGGAGGUGGGAGCGGCGGGGUUGGGUAAUGGGAAGGGGAGCAGAGGUGGUGAUGGUGGUGUCAGUGGUGGCAAGAGCGAGAGUGGAUUGCUGUGCCGUGCGUUGAACAUUAAUGAGGAUCUGGGGCAGGCUGAUAUGGAGGCUCGGUCGGUGCAGCCGCCUGAUGGUGUUGGUGGUUUGGGACCGCUGCAGCUGUCAGCAGGGUUGGCUCGGGAGUUUGCUGACGUGGCGGGGCCUGGUGCUGGCGGGGUGCUGGAUGAGUUCCUAUUGGUGCUGGCGGCGUGCAACGAUGUGGUGCCGACACGUGUCAGCGUGACAGCGAGCGGUGAGCUGGACAUGCAUGCUGUGGGCGAGGGGGAGGAUGACGUGGCAGAGGAGGAGGUUCAGGAGGAGGAAGAGGGAGAGCAGGAGAUUGAAAGGGAGGGAGAUGGAAGAAGGGAAGAUGCUGGAGAGGAGCACAAGGGAAAUGGGGGGCCGGUUAUGGCAACACAGAAUCGAAGUCCUGAUGCUGCAGCAUCUGUGGGUGCUGAUGUGGAACUGGGACUGCUUGACGCUGCAGCAGUGCCCACUGCUGACGCGGCAAUUGAUGACGUGGCAGAGGAACUGGCGGAGGUGAUUGAGUACCAGGGCGAGUCGCCAGAUGAGGUAGCACUGGUGAAGGCUGCGGCCGGCAUGGGUUGGCAGCUAGUGCAGCGAUCAGAGCACCACAUCGUGAUCAACGUCCGAGGGAAGGACGAACGGUACGAGGUGCUGGGGGUGCACGAGUUUGACAGCACCCGCAGGCGCAUGUCCGUCGUGCUUCGCUGCCCGGAUGGUUCCGCGAAGCUUCUCGUCAAGGGCGCCGACAGCGCCGUCCUCAGCCGCGCCGAGUGUGAAGAAGGUGCCGGGAAGCUUCCUGGAGGAGAGGAAGGAGGAGCAUCGGGGAGAGGAGUGGGGAAGGGUGGGAGACGGAGGCGAAGGAGUGGGAAGGGAUUUGGGUGUCAGGGGCCUCUGGGGGGUUAUGUCAGUUGCUUUGUGGGGACAGCAGCAGGGGCAGGGGACCGGGAAGAGCAGAGUGCAGCAACAGGGAUGGUGGUGGGGGAUGAGAUAGACGAGGAGAGUGAUGGUGACGACUGUGGGGAAGGCGAUGGGGAAGGCGAGGGGGAAGGCGAGGGGGAAGGCGAGGGGGAAGGCGAGGGGGAAGGCGAUGGGGAAGGCGAGGGGGAAGGCGAUGGGGAAGGCGAGGGGGAAGGCGAUGGGGAAGGCGAGGGGCAAGGCGAUGGGGAAGGCGAGGGGGAAGGCGAUGGGGAAGGCGAGGGGGAAGGCGAGGGGGAAGGGGAAGAGGAAAAGGGAAGGGAAGAGGAUGGUGGAUUGGAGGAAAGGGAAGGCGAUGCAGUGGUGGGUGCGGGGGAGAGUGUGCGAGAGAAUGGUCAUCUCCAGCACCACAAAUCCUCGCACGAUCUCUCUCGUCAACAGCACCGCAUUCUCUCUGCCACAGAGCGGCACAUACACCAAUACUCCCAAGCUGGCCUGCGCACUCUCGUCAUUGCCACCCGCCCGCUCCCGCCCGCCGCCCUCCACGCCUGGCUCGCCGCCUACUGCUCCGCCGCCCGCUCCCUCUCCGCCGACCGGGACACACAGCUCGCCGCACUAGCAGACGAAACGGAGCGGCAGCUGCAGAUUCUGGGCGCUACAGGCAUAGAGGAUAGGCUACAGGCGGGCGUGCCGGCAGCGCUACAGAUGCUGAGAGGGGCCGGCAUGAAGGUGUGGAUGCUGACUGGAGAUAAGGUGGAGACGGGUGUUUCUAUUGCUCGGUCGUGUGGGCUGGUGAGGAGAGAGGACCGGGUUGUGAGAGUGAGUGCGGGGACCGAGAGGGAGUGUGAGAAGAGGUUGAGGGAGGUAUGUGGGAUGGAGGGGAGUGGGGUGGGGGAAGCUGGGGGGUUAGGAGAGGUGGAGGGGGUGGGGGGCGGGAAAGGAGAGGGAGGGGCUGCAGCAGUGGAGGAGGAGGAGGGUGAUUGUAGGGAACGGGGCUCGUGGCAUGCAGGCAGUGCAGCAGCGUCACGGGCCAUGGCCAUUGAUGGCGCUACACUGGCAGUCGCCUUUCGCCUGCACUGCGCGGCCUGCUUCCCUGCCUCCUUCCUCUCUGCCAUGCAUUUUCUGCCUGCUCUCCCUCCCGUGCCACCAUCUCUCAUUCGACCGAUUCUCCUUGACCCCCAUUCCGUUCUCUGGUCACUGCUCCGUGGUGCUAUGCUGCCACGUGGCGCCCAUGCAGGAGGCUGCUGUGGUGGCCCCCACAGUGACAGUCCUAACCUCCUUCCCCCAUUUCCUCUCUCCUUCCCCCUCCCAUCUCUCUAUCCUCCAGUUCUUCCGAGCAUCACAGCGCUGCUCCGUGGUGCUGUGCUGCCACGUGGCGCCCAUGCAGGAGGCUGCCGUGGUGGCCCUCACCUCAUCACCCUUUUCAUCUUGCUCCCCGCCUGCCUCCCCCGCCAGUUCUUCCGAGCAUCGCAGCGCUGCUCCGUGGUGCUGUGCUGUCGAGUGGCGCCCAUGCAGAAGGCUGCUGUGGUGGCACUUGUGAGGCAGCUGUCAGGGGAAUUAACCCUCGCUAUUGGCGAUGGUGAGUUGAUGUUAGGGGGAAUUAACCCUCGCUAUUGCCGAUGGAGCCAACGAAUGAAUAGGGGUGGGAAUCAGAGGCCACAAGGGUCGGCAGACGGCGCCAACGACGUGCCGAUGAUUCAGACUGCCGCCAUAGGGGUGGGCAUACGAGGCCACGAGGGGAGACAAGCGGUGAUGGCGAGCGACUUCGCCAUCUCGCAGUUCCGCUUCCUCGCUCGCCUGCUGCUGGUGCACGGGCACUGGAACUACCACCGCAUGGCCUACAUGAUCGUCUACAACCUCUACAAGAACACCGUCUUUGUGCUCCUGCUCUUCUGGUACCUCUCCCAAACAGCAUUUUCCACCACCCCAGCCAUUGGCCAGCUGAGCCUCAUGUUCUUCUCGCUCACCUACACCACCCUCCCCACCGUCGUCGUCGCCUCCAUCGACCAAACCCUCCUGCCCGCCCGCCUGCUCGCCUGGCCGCAGCUCUAUGGCGCCGGGCAGCGCGAGGAAACUUACAACCUGCCCGUGUUUCUGGCUGCCAUGCUGGAUGCCACGUGGCAGAGCCUGGUGCUGUUUCUGGUGGGCGUGGCAACAGUGAGUGGGCUGGAUGGCGACAUGUGGGCGUUGGGGCAGACGUGGCUGGUGGCGCUGGUGCUGGUGGUGACAGUGCAUCUUGCGAUGGACAUCCGACGGUGGACGUGGCUCCACGCGGCUGCGAUUGCGAUCGCUAUACUCGUUACAGUGGUCUCGAUAGUGGUUAUUGACUACAUCCCUCUGCUGCCUGAAUAUGGGUGA